UGCUGGCAAGGUGUCAUAGCCACUGAAAAGGACAGAAAGUAAAUAAUUAAUAUUUGGGAUUUGCGGUGAUUCAAAUUAACAAGUCAGGAGUAUACCUAAAACACAGGAACGUGAGAAGGGGAAAACCAUGCAUGUGCAUUUCACUAUUUUGAAUGACUGCUACAAUUUGGUGUCUUGCCCUCAACAAAACUGCAGUUUACUUGAAGAUUAAGACAUUUUUAGAUAUGACUUUUGGGGCUGGAGGCCACACAAAAAUGAUCCUUUCCCAAGCUUCUGACAUCUCGGUGUUUGCCUUGGACAGAGAUCCAAUAGCACAUGAAAUUGCAAAACAGGUUUCCCAGAUGUAUCAUGGUCGUAUUCAACCUCUUCUUGGAAGAUUCAGCCAGCUGGACAGCUUGUUAGUGGCAUCGGGCGUGGAUACAGACACUUUUGAUGGAGUUGUCAUAGAUGCAGGCUGCUCCUCUAUGCAAUUAGAUGUCCCAUGGCGAGGGUUUGCAUUAAGCAAAGAUGGCCCACUUGACAUGAGAAUGGAUGGGGACAGGUACCCUGACGUGCCCACCGCAGCUGACGUGGUGAAUGCCUUAGAUCAACAGUCACUUGCGUCCAUCUUGAGGAUCUACGGAGAAGAAAGGCAUGCAAAGAAAAUAGCUGCAGCCAUCGCACAGGCACGCAGCAUCUAUCCCAUCACUCGCACUCAGCAGCUCGCCAGUAUAGUUGCAGAAGCUGCCAAUGGCGUCAUCACUGGCUCUGGGGAGUUACUGAGCCAGUAUGUGGGAGGGAGUUGAAUCAAUAUGCACAGUUGAAGUCGGAGCAUGCUGUGUUUAUGACUUUCUCUCUAUUGAUGCGUAGCUUCUAAAUGUUGUCUUAGUAAUUCUUCCCAGUACAAGGAGCAGAAUCUGGAUUCCCGGUCAGAGAUUCAAUUAUCAGCCCGUAUUUAGUAAUUCAGCUGCCCUCAAUAAGGAAACUGAUAUUUGCUGGACUGAUUGAAAGGUUGAGUGCUUUGUGUUUGCUGUCAUAGAUGAACUCUCUGUUUUUGGAUUGUGGCAAUGUUGGGGAGGGCAAGGGUGUGAAUGGUUUGGAGAUGAGGAAGCAACAGCAAAGAGACUGCAACGUCCUGAUAAGCAGUCCUCCUGUUGGCUAUUAUGAAACAGGUUUGCUGAAGCAGUGAAGAAAACCGUAUUCUAAAAUUUGCACCCUCAUGUCUGAAGGAGAAUAGAUUGAAAACAUAAAGUGGAUAAAUAUAACCUUAAAAAAUUGUGCAUCCAUAACUUGCAGAAUAUUCCAUAGUUUUGUUGAUGGAACAUAAUAGAAUGAUUAUACAAGCUACAAUAUGUUUAUAUUUUAGAAAGGAAUCAAAUAUAUUCAUAAAUAUACAAUUUAAUAUUUUUCACUCCAAUCUGAAUUGAAAUCCAGUGAACUUGAAAAGCAACUUAUUGCUAAUGGUACUGCUAAAUCUAAUCAUCUAAAGAGUUGCAGUCAGGUUGGAAGACAAAUGACAGUAUUGAACUACUCGGAAAUUUAAAAGUGAUUAAUUUAUUAAUUAUCUCAUGUUCAAAUGUCAAAGAUGAUCUUUGGAAUUCUUCAUGGAUUUCAAAGGCAGCUUAAAACCUGAUCUCCAAAUUAAUUUCCCUGCUGCUUUUACUGCACCAGAAUACCUUUGUGAGCUGCAGCAGAGAUAUUUUAUUCAUUCAUAGGAUGUGGGCAUCACUGGCUAGGCCAGCAUUUAUUGAUCAUUCCUAAUUGCCCACAGAGCAGUUAAGAAUUAACCACAUUGCUGUGGGUCUAGAGUCACAUGUAAUCCAGACCAGGUAAGGAUGGCGGCUUCCCUCCCUAAAGGACAUUAGUGAACCAGAUGGGUUUUACUGACAAUUAGUAAUGGAUUUACGGUCAUUGUUAGACUCUCAAUUCCAGAUAUUAACAGGAUUCAAAUUCCACCAUCUGCCGUGGCAGAAUUCGAACCUGGGUGUCUGGAUUAAUAGUCCUGCAAUAAUUCCACUAGGUGAUUGCCUCCCUCAAAUGGUGAUUAUUCUUGAAAUUUUGCACAAGGUUUUACAUAAAUCUAACUCAAGAUUACUUACCCAUUGCUUCCUGGACUGAAUUCCUGGUUUCAGGGACUCGAGAGACAUAAAUGCUUCAGAUUUUAGAGAGUGUAGCACAUUGUGGAUAUUAUUUUGUAACUUGACUGUUUUACUUGCCGCAGCCCAGGCUGAACCAUUAAGGAAUUAUAAAAUGCUUCCCUUUACAUUCUGUAGGUUUGAGAAAAUUCCGGUGCAAUUUUAUAGUUUGAAACAGUGGAAGUCAUUUUUCAAGGUUAAAUUAAAUUAUUGCUUUGCCUUUUGAUAAUUAUUCUCCUGUUUUUGGCUCAAGAAACACUUAUAUUUUUGAAUUUGUAACUCUCAAAACCUGUAGAAUUUUGAACCACAAGAACAGUCCCCUUUGUAAUUCUAAACUACAAAUAGAGAAAAUUCUUUGGAAUAAAAGAUCAUAAAAAGGUUUUGUGCUUUCACACUUGAGAUCAAACAUUUCAUGUCUAUGUGCAGCUGCAUUAUUUUACCAAUGUUGCAUCAAAAUAAUAUAUUCUCAGUUUCAAAGUUUUAUAGCAACUUAAAUGAUGUUGGAUAAGGAUACAGAAACAAACACACUCCUUGUUUCAACAUUGAUCUAUGUACUGACAAUGAACAAAAUUGUUAUUUUCCACUCAGUCCAACAUUCACAAAUCCAUUCAUUAUUUUUAAAUUAAUAAAAUAUGAACAGGUUGUAGUUACACAAAAAUGUGAAGUGGUAAUUUGAACUUUUUGUAAAACCUUUCUAAAGCACAACCUUUCAUCUUGAGAAUACUCAGGCUUAAGAACCCCAUUCAAAAUGGGGUUUUCAUGAACAGUGGAGUUUUUAAGAAAUGUUGUCUUGUCCCCAGUGGCUAAAAUAUGAAAUAUUAAUUUUCGACUUCCAUUGUCUAAUUUUAGCAUCUGAGACCUUUAUAUGCUAAAGUAGUUUUUAAAAAGGAAGAAACAGAGACAUAAAAUGGUCACAAUGAUCACCUGGCCACAGAUUGAGGCAAAUUCAGGAAAUUGAUGUGGUGUAAACAAUUUGUAUGAACUGAAAUAACCAUUUUAUCUAAAAAUAUUGAAACUAGUCAACAGACUGAGGUGUCAAGAAACUCACACCUCUUGCUUUAAUCUACACUUACAUGAAAGGUUGCACAUAUUGGACAUGAAAGGGUUGUCUCCAGCAGUCCAACUUGGAAAGAUGAUAGAGCCAGACUUGGAAAUACACAAAUGAGUCAUAUUUCAGUGGCUACUUGGCAGAGCAGCAGACAGGAAGAAAAUGGAUUGGUUACAGGAAGGAGUGGAAGACUCUCUCUCCUCCCUGUUUCCUUCUCAUAUGUUUGAAAGCCAGUGCUGCGACAAAACAAAUCAUAGAAACUAUUGUUCACUGGAACUCGAGGAUUGUACAAAUUUUGCUACAACUUAGGAUACAAGCUAUUAACUACUAAGGCCUCCAGUUCAAUUGUAAAAACUCAAGGAAUACAAAUCUUUCUAAACUCAUGCUCAUUAUCUUCCUCAAGUAAAAACUGAAAUUUCUGGAGAAGUUUGGUAGGCCUGGCAGCAGUAUGGGAAGAAAACAGAGUUAAUGUUUCAAAUCUGGUGACUCUUCAUCAGAACUCUUCAUCUUCCUAUUGUACUAGCUGCUCCCUCCUUUUAAGUCUUUAUGUCUGUGCAUGCAUGUGUUUGAUUUUGCAUUUUAUUAUUUUUCAGUUAGAUGGUAAUAACAUUCCUCCUUCAUUACCAUCUUAAUUUUAACUGUUACUACAUUUUAAUUGAAAAAUGAUAAAACUGCAGAAUAAAAAAAUUAAAAAUCUUUGUCACAGCAAACCAAAGGGAUUAAAAAGAUUGGAGCCAAUUCCCUCUUCACCUGGAUGUGACAGUGAUGUGGAAGUACCAGUGUUAGACUGGGCUGGAUGAGGUCAGAGGUCACAUGCCACCAGGUUAUAGACCAGCAGGUUUAUUUGAAAUCACAAGCUUUCGGAGCACUUCACCUGACGAAGGGGCUAAGAAGAGAAUGAAUUUCUUCCAAGAUGCUCUAGACGCAAGAGGUGACCUAUAUCUCAGCCAGAGUCUGAGGAAUCUGACCUGGUACUAAAACUCCCCAGGAGGAGCUAAAAGAAAAAGAACAGGCCUGUGUGCUUGGACUCAGAGGGGGAGGGGUGCAGUGAUUGUAACAAGGUCAGCCAGGUGGACCUCAGAGAAUAUGAGUUCCCUGAUUGGGCAAGAUUAACAGCCCCAAUCAGGGAGCCACGGCUGACAGGUAAAAACAGAAGUGUCAGACACACUGACACCCUGGUCGUUGACUCUGAUGAGGCUGUACCAGAGUCAAGAACUUUACCAUGUGUGAAAAAAAGGGUGACUUGGUGACAGGAUACCAGCCUCUGUGGAGUUAUUUCACUCAUGUUCAGCAGUGUCGGCCAGGGAGAGGCUGACAGAGUUGCAAACAAACCAGUUAAAUUGAGGUCAUUGAAGUAAAAAAAAACAGUAAGCAACAGACAAAAAUGCUGUAAAAUGAUGGCAGUUCAGGAUGGUGAAGUCAGACACAUCCAUCAAAAUGAGAAUGUCACUUACAGUAUUUGGCAAUCUGGCUUUGAAUGGUGGAAAUCUUCAUUGAAAUUUCUGAGCAUUGAUUUGAUUUGAUUUAUUGUAAUCACAUGUACGUAAGUACAGUGAAAGGCUGUGUUUGCAGAUCAUAGUAAGCAAGGACAUACAGACCACAGGGUGCUUAGACAGAGUGAGGCAUACAGGUUAUACUGCACUGGAGGUGCGCGAAGCAAGAUUAACAUUUGUUUUAUAUGCUCAGUAAUAAGGGGAUGUGCUUUAAAACAGCACGGGGAAUCUUUAGUAGAGCACUUUGUACUAAACAGCAGGUUUAAGAAACCAAUGAGGCCUGCAAAAACUCUUACUAUAACUAUUUGAAAACACCUGCUAUCCUAGAAUGAAGAUCUCUGUGUCAGGCAGAGUGAGGUUUGCUAGCUGUUCAUCAAUUACACUGCCAUUGGACAGAUAAAACAAGGAGUUCCUACAUUCAGAAGUCAGACAUACUCGCUAAUAACUUGUGUUGUCAUGCAGAUGUAGAAAAUGUAAAAAUUGUAUAGCAUUUGAGUAUUUAAGAGUUUUGUCUGUGCUUAAAUUUAAUGUGGUGAUACAUUUUAAAAGAAGUUCCAAUUAGAAGAGCUUGGUUUUGUAUUGAAAUGCUUAAUUGUUUACUUAACUUUAAAGCUAGUAAUUGCAGGUUUGUUUUAAUCACAUUUUGUUUUCUUUAAUAUACAAGGAAACACAAAACAGAAUGUUAUUUUACUCUGCAGUACUAUCGUCUCAUUUGAAUGACCAAAUUUAAAAUAAUGUGUUGGCAGUAAAAAUUAUUAGUGUUUGAAAUGUAGCGCUGUACAAAGGUUCUGCAUAUAUGCAUGAAUUAAAAACAACUAAUACUAUUUUUGCAGUUACAUGGAAGAGUUUAUUUUGUCACAGUUGCAUUUUAAAUUGAGCAUAGUAGUCACACCAAAAAACAAUAUAUAUUGCCAAUUAAUUAUUCGUUUCUAAGCAAUCAAUUAACUACUCUUCUGUUUA